CCCGCAUCAUCAAUACAGUCGCAAUAUCUCAGAACCAGAAGCCCCGCUAGCCCUUUCAAGACAAUACAUACAUACAUAUAUAAUCGGAACUCGGCACUAUAUAGAUCGAACGUGGAAACCAGAAUCUUUUGACGCAUAUAUAGAUAUGAAGUAUACCAAGAUUAAGCAUUUGAGCCACCCCCACGAUGAUUUGAUGCUAGUCGAUUCCCCCCAAGCACCAUACAAGUGCGAUGGAUGCAAAGAAUUGGGUUUUAGACGAUGUUACCAAUGCGAAGACUGCAAUUUCCAUCUCCACGAGGAGUGCGCGAUGCCCGACUCAUCUGCUUUCCACCCAUUAUUCCGUAAGUGCGACUUCAGAUUUUAUGAAAACGCGCCAGGAAAUAGGGCUAGAUACUGUGAUGCUUGUGGGAAGGAUGUGCUAGGGUUUGUUUACCAAUGUUUGCAUAAGGAAGCGCAUGACCUACACCCAUGUUGCAUGAAGCUUCCACGCACCUUGAUUGGUGAUGGGGUGAAACUGCACCUCAGUGACAUGGUCUCCUCAAAAUGCCAGAAAUGUGGAAGUAAGGAAAUUUCUAAAGGGUUCAGGGGCUGGUCCUAUGAAUCUACCUGUGGCAAAUAUUGCUAUCAUGUAGCAUGCGUGAAGGACUUGGUAAUUGAGAAUUGGAGGAAGGGUUAUUUUGAUGGACAUAAUGAUGUGAAUGAUCAGAUAUUGAGUAACAUGGCGAUUCAAAUCAAAGUUCCGAACGAGGACAUAGUACAACAAAGUGAAGGAAGCUCAUACAGAUCAAAGAAGGCUAGCAAAUAUUGGAAGAUAGCGAAAUUGGCUCUCAAGCUCAUUAUUUCAGCUAUCUUUGGAGAUCCAAUUUCUGGGUUUACUGCUUUGAUUGAAUCAGUAGUUUCAAGCUGAUCUAUUUUGUGAAAUAAGAUGGUGAUUUCAUGUGAUAU